AUGGGUCUCGGCUUGGAGUACACGCAGGGCGGUGACGUCAAGACGAAGAUAAUCGAUCUCCUAGACUUGACGACAGAAACGGACAUAAGAGCAUUAGCAGAGAACAUAAAGGCGGACGAGCCGGUUAUAACCGAGAGUGUAAUGGAGCAGUUAGUGGAGACUCUGCAGAAGCUGCAAGCCAAAGUUUGCGACACAAACACGAAGCGCUACUACAAAUGCAAAACCUUGCAGACCCAUCUUCUUCCGCUUACGAACAUCGCGUUCGAUAAACUAGGUAAAAGAUGUAUCACAGGCAGCUACGACCGAACGUGUAAAAUUUGGGACAUUGACAGUGGAAAGGAGCUUCUUACUCUCGAAGGCCAUAAGAAUGUGGUCUACGCCGUGUCCUUCAACAACCCAGCUUCAGACAAAAUUGCGACCGGCUCUUUCGAUAAAACCGCGAGAGUUUGGUGCUCGCAAACAGGACAUUGCUUGACCACAAUGCGGGGUCACGAUGGCCAGGUCGUUGUCGCGAAAUUUUCGCCGACGCAAAACAAGCUUGCCACCUGCUCUUUGGAUGGGACGUCCAAAAUUUUUCACCUGACGACAGGUAGCGAGGAGGGGGCAUUGAACGGUCAUACAGCUGAAGUAAUCGCCCUCUGCUUCAAUAACAAUGGCAAUCAAGUAAUCACGGCUUCUUUCGACGGUACAGUCAGUAUCUGGGACGCUCGGACCUUUACGCGAGUAUGCGUUUUGAUUGGCCACCGAUCGGAGCUAUCGAAUUGCGUUUACAAUUUUGACUGCUCGUUGAUCGCAUCAUCCUCCUUGGACAAGACAGCGAAGGUUUGGGACACGAGGAUGCACUCCUGCCUGGCCACCUUGCGAGCACACGACGACGAGGUCCUGGACCUGACCUUUGACAACAACGGGAAAAAGUUGGCGACUGCGAGCAGCGAUGCAACAGCACGUGUUUGGGACGUGACCAGCAAUUUCCAACAGUUGGCGGUAAUGGAAGGACAUAGAGAGGAGGUGUCCAAAGUGUGUUUCAGUCCAAAUGGUCAGCAUUUAUUGACUUCAUCCAUGGACAAGACAUCGAGAUUAUGGUCCGUGGAAAACGGCUGCUGCGUGCAAAAAUUGGAGGGCCACACAGAUGACGUUUUCAGCUGCGCGUUCUCAUACAAUGGUGACACUAUCAUCACCGCGAGCAAGGAUAAUACGUGCAUGAUUUGGAGGUGACUCGAUUGGUUUCAGUGUAGUCUCUAGCUCCUUCUUCUUCUUCUGUUUGUUGUUUAUAUCGUAUACUUUUAUGCAAUUUAGUUAUUCCAAUAAUACCCUAUUUUGUAAAAAGAAUUUUUCUUCUAGUUGCGAUAAAAAGAUUUACGUGCAAUCACGUUUCUUAAUUAUCAUGUAUAAUAAAAAUAUUCAUAAGUAAUUAAAGUUCGAAAUAUACGGUAGCACUGUACAGAACUAAAAUAUAUUUACUCUAAUAAUUGUUGCACGCAUUUAAAUUUAUGCAAUUCUCAAUUUUAACUGGAAA